CUGGAAUGUCCACCCGGGCUUUGACACGACCGCUGCGGACGCUUUGGACGAGCCGGAGGCUUUGCCAAACAUCACGAUACAGCAUGGCUUCUUCAGCAGAUCACGUGGCGCCGAUCGAGAGCAAUGGCGCAAAAAGGCAGUUCGAGACCCCAUUGAGGAGCGAAGAAGGGUCACGGGGAAGCUACAGGUUCAAGAACAAGAGGAUGAAGAACGGACAUGCUGUGGGCAGUCAGGUCUUGAAGACGAACGGAAGUACUGAAGAAGUUUUGCUGGAAGACGUCACUGCUUUGAUUAAGAAGUUCAACUUGGAAAGAGAAGGGAAAGACGUCUCGACAAAACUCCCUGAAAAGUUCAGCGAAAUCCAAGUCACAAUCAAGGAGCUCUCGUCUACGGGAGACGGUCUUGGGUUCCAGGAAGCUUCCGAUUCGGACCAAGUGUAUGCCGUCCCGUUCACCGCACCUGGCGACACCGUGACAGCCAAGAUCUUCAAGCACUUCGAGAAGGAAAAGUACUCUAUGGCCGAUUUCGUCAAAGUCAGCAAGCCCUCACCGCACCGCGACGAAUCACUUGUCAAGUGCCCGUACUUUUCGCAAUGCUCAGGAUGCCAGUUCCAAAUGCUGCCGUACGACUACCAACUUCAACACAAGAAGUCCAUCGUCGAGCGCGCAUACAAGAACUUCUCCAACCUGGCCCCCGAGCUCAUUCCCGCAAUCGGUGAUACCAUCGGCUCACCGCUGCAAUACGGAUACCGCACAAAGCUCACGCCUCACUUUGACGGCCCCCCAGACUCGCGGCGCAGCGACGGCCGCAACGGAAUAAAGCGCUCUUUUAAAGAAGUCCCCACCAUCGGCUUCAUGAAGAAAGGAACCCGGAUAACGAUGGACAUCGAAGACUGCCCAAUCGGCACCGACGCUGUGCGCGCAGGCAACAAACGCGAACGAAAACGCGUCGUAGACACGCUCUCCUCCUACCACAAAGGCGCCACGAUCUUAUUACGUGAAAACACCCAGCGCAUACCGAAAGAAGAAUACAACCCAAGCGUAGAGAAGGAAGAUCCCGACGCCGUCGAUGAAGACAGGGGUGCCCACAUCCACCGGAAAACCUGCGUCACAGACCCGAACGCGCGAACAGUCGAGUACAUCGACGACUUCCGCUUCAUCAACCCGGCCGGCUCGUUCUUCCAGAAUAACAACUCCAUCCUGCCUCCCUUCACACAGUACAUCCGCUCGCAUAUCCUUCCCUCAAACCCUGGUCACAAAAUACGCUACCUAAUCGACGCAUACUCAGGCUCCGGGCUAUUCACCAUCACUCUAUCAAGCCUGUUUCAGAGCAGUUUGGGCAUCGAUGUGAGCUCGAGCAGUAUCAAGAGCGCAACGGAGAACGCGGAGAUCAAUGGCUUGACACCCGAUCGUGCACGGUUUAUUGCGGCGGAUGCGAGUAAACUCUUCGCCUCCAUCACCUCGCCCGCCUCCGAAACAGUCGUCAUGCUCGAUCCGCCGAGAAAGGGGUGUGAUGAGAGUUUCUUAAGGCAGUUGGUGCAGUAUGGACCCGCGAGGGUGGUGUAUGUGAGCUGCAAUGUGCACACGCAAGCACGUGAUAUCGGGGUGUUGGUGGGAGGUAUGAAGGGCGUGGAUGGUGGGUGUGGGACGGGAGAGGGGUGUUAUGAAUUGGAGAGCUUGAGGGGGUUUGAUUUUUUCCCGCAGACGGGGCAUGUGGAGGGUGUUGCUGUGUUGAGGAAGAAGGAGGGGAAAGCUGGUGAGGAGAAGUCGGAGAAUGGUGUGAAGGAGGAAGUCGCGCGGGACGCUGCUGCAUAAAUGGGAAACGGGGACGUGUGAUGCCUCGGGGCCACUCAGGUCCAGCUACACUUUGUCACUAUUGUUUUACCGUUCUUCUUACGGUGCGAUCAUAUCCGA